AUGUUUGACAGAGAGAACAAGGCUGGCAUAAACAUCAGCAAGUUCACUGGUAUCUGGAAGUGCAUCACAGACUGGCAGAACAUCUUCCACACCUAUGACAGGGACAACUCUGGGAUGACUGACAAGAACGAGCUCAAGCAAGCACUCUUAGGUUUUGGAUACUGGCUCUCUGACCAGUUUCAUGACAUCCUCAUUUGCAAGUUUGACAGACAAGGACAGGGGCAGAUCACAUUUGACGACUUCAUCCAGGGCAUUGUCUUGCAGAGGUUGACCAAUACAUUCAGGCCCUACCAUAUGGAUCAGGACAUCUGGAUUCAGGUGUCAUAUAAACAGUAUCUGUCCAUGGUCUCCAGCAUCAUAUAA